AGAGCGAAUCCGAUCUCGGGGCUGGGCCCGGCCCUACUUAACGGGGCCCGGGUGCUGGGGAGCGCGCCCAGCCGAGCGGAGUCCGCAGCCCGAGCAAGAUGAUGAUGGUCAUGCAGCCCGAGGGCCUGGGGGCCGGGGAGGGGCCCUUCGCGGGCACCGGGGGCGGCGAGUACAUGGAGCAGGAGGAAGACUGGGACCGAGACCUGCUGCUGGACCCGGCCUGGGAGAAGCAGCAGCGGAAAACCUUCACUGCCUGGUGCAACUCACACCUGCGCAAAGCAGGCACGCAGAUCGAGAACAUCGAGGAGGACUUCCGCAAUGGCCUCAAGCUCAUGCUGCUGCUGGAGGUCAUUUCAGGAGAGCGGCUACCCAGACCAGACAAAGGCAAAAUGCGCUUCCACAAAAUCGCCAAUGUCAACAAGGCCUUGGACUUCAUUGCCAGCAAAGGGGUUAAAUUGGUGUCCAUCGGUGCUGAAGAGAUUGUUGAUGGGAACUUGAAGAUGACCCUGGGCAUGAUCUGGACCAUCAUCCUCCGCUUCGCCAUCCAGGAUAUCUCUGUGGAGGAAACCUCUGCCAAAGAAGGCUUGCUCCUGUGGUGCCAGCGGAAGACGGCGCCAUACCGCAAUGUUAACGUGCAGAACUUUCACACCAGCUGGAAGGAUGGUCUGGCCCUCUGUGCCCUCAUCCACCGACACCGACCUGACCUCAUCGACUACGCCAAGCUACGCAAGGAUGACCCCAUUGGCAACCUAAACACUGCCUUUGAAGUGGCGGAGAAAUACCUGGACAUCCCGAAGAUGUUGGAUGCAGAAGACAUUGUGAACACUCCAAAGCCAGAUGAGAAAGCCAUCAUGACCUACGUUUCCUGCUUCUACCAUGCAUUUGCCGGGGCUGAGCAGGCGGAGACAGCUGCCAACAGGAUCUGCAAGGUGUUGGCUGUGAACCAGGAAAAUGAGAAGCUGAUGGAGGAGUAUGAGAAACUAGCCAGUGAGCUGCUGGAAUGGAUCCGCCGCACUGUCCCAUGGCUGGAGAACCGGGUGGGCGAGCCCAGCAUGACUGCCAUGCAACGCAAACUGGAGGACUUCCGGGACUACCGGCGCCUGCACAAGCCACCCCGAGUUCAGGAGAAGUGCCAGCUGGAGAUCAAUUUCAACACACUGCAGACCAAGCUUCGGCUGAGCCACCGGCCCGCCUUCAUGCCAUCUGAGGGCAAGCUGGUUUCGGACAUCGCCAAUGCAUGGCGGGGGCUGGAGCAGGUGGAAAAGGGCUACGAGGACUGGCUGCUGUCAGAGAUUCGGCGUCUGCAGCGGCUCCAGCAUCUGGCAGAGAAAUUCCAGCAGAAGGCCUCCUUGCAUGAAACCUGGACCCGGGGGAAGGAGGAGAUGCUGAACCAGCGCGACUACGAUUCGGCUUCGCUACAGGAGGUGCGGGCCUUGCUGCGGCGCCACGAGGCCUUUGAGAGUGACCUGGCUGCACACCAGGACCGCGUGGAGCACAUCGCCGCGCUGGCCCAGGAGCUCAAUGAGCUGGAUUACCAUGAUGCGGCCUCGGUGAACAGCCGCUGCCAGGCCAUCUGUGACCAGUGGGACAACUUGGGCACGCUAACCCAGAAGAGGCGGGAUGCGCUGGAGCGCAUGGAGAAGCUCCUGGAAACCAUCGACCAGCUGCAGCUUGAGUUUGCCAGACGAGCUGCACCCUUCAACAACUGGCUGGAUGGGGCAGUGGAGGACCUGCAGGACGUGUGGCUGGUGCACUCAGUAGAGGAGACUCAGAGCCUACUGACAGCCCAUGAGCAGUUCAAGGCAACGUUACCUGAGGCUGACCGAGAACGAGGUGCCAUCCUGGGCAUCCAGACCGAGAUCCAGAAGAUCUGUCAAACAUAUGGGCUGGCACUAAAGUCCACCAACCCCUACAUCACCCUCACCUCACAGGACAUCAACAACAAAUGGGAUACGGUCCGAAAGCUUGUACCCAGCCGUGAUCAGACCCUACAAGAGGAGCUGGCACGGCAGCAGGUGAACGAGAGGCUCAGGAGACAGUUUGCUGCCCAGGCCAAUGCUGUAGGUCCCUGGAUCCAGGCGAAGGUGGAGGAGGUGGGGCGACUGGCAGCCGGGCUGGCUGGCUCUCUGGAGGAGCAGAUGGCAGGGCUGAGGCAGCAGGAACAGAACAUCAUCAACUACAAGAGCAACAUCGACCGGCUGGAGGGUGACCACCAGCUGCUUCAGGAGAGCCUGGUCUUUGACAACAAGCACACAGUCUACAGCAUGGAGCACAUCCGAGUGGGCUGGGAGCAGCUGCUCACCUCCAUCGCCCGCACCAUCAAUGAGGUGGAGAACCAGGUACUGACCCGAGAUGCCAAGGGUCUGAGCCAGGAGCAGCUCAACGAGUUCCGGGCAUCUUUCAACCACUUUGACAGGAAGCGGAAUGGGAUGAUGGAACCUGAUGACUUCCGAGCUUGCCUGAUCUCCAUGGGCUACGACCUGGGAGAAGUGGAGUUUGCUCGCAUCAUGACCAUGGUGGACCCCAACGCAGCAGGGGUUGUGACCUUCCAGGCCUUUAUUGACUUUAUGACCCGAGAGACAGCAGAGACGGACACAGCCGAGCAAGUUGUAGCUUCCUUCAAGAUCCUGGCAGGAGACAAGAACUACAUCACCCCCGAAGAGCUGCGGCGGGAGCUGCCAGCUGAGCAGGCUGAGUACUGCAUCCGCAGGAUGGCACCCUACAAGGGCUCUGGGGCUCCCGCUGGAGCCCUGGACUACGUGGCCUUCUCCAGUGCCCUCUAUGGGGAGAGUGACCUCUGAUUUUGACCCAUCGUUCUUGGUGGAAAAAGGAGAGCGAGUGUUCGUUGAGGCUGAGUCCAUUCAGUUCCUGGAGCAAGGGCCUCAGAGAUUGGCCAGCCAUGUGUUUCUGAAUAAAGAUCCAUCCAUGGGCCUCUCCCCA